CUCCUAAGAGCACUACUGUACAUCUAGCGCAUUGUUGUUGUUAUCGCUAAAAAUAAUAGCUAAAAUAAAAAUUAUAAAAUAGUUAACUACAAAUAUUAAAAUAUGAAACGGUACAAGCAAAAACUGCGCGAUGUAUGGCUCCAGAUGCCCGAAUUCCGGCCAUGGCUACGGCGAAAUCCCGAGGAUUCCUACAGAGCGCAUUGCCGCCUCUGCAAAUGUGGAGUAAAUACAAAAAUUUGCGAUUUGCGGGCACACGCAUUGACCAAGAAGCAUAUGAAAUGGUUUUCAAAUAAUUCUGCAAAUGCGCAAACGGUUAGCCAGGAACAUAAAUUGGCUGAAAUGACCGAUGUGGAAUACUUGGAAGAUGACCAGAUUGCCUAUGAAAUACCAGCGAGCAAAAGCAAGCCGCGGCCAAAGAUUAUCAAGCCGGUGUCGGUUAAGCGGGACAUCAAGUCACUUCCAGUGAAACGGGAGAAACGUGAAUCUAGUAAUCCCAUUGAUUACGAAGAAAUUAUUGAGAAUAUUGCAUUGUAUGAGACCGAGCAGGUCGAAUAUUCUAAUCAAAAUUCCAUCAAAUCGGAUCAUGAUAUGGAGCAUCAUCAGGUGGAGGAACAUAAUUUCGAUGAUAGCCAAUUUGACGAGGAGACAACUGAAAUAGAAACAGUUCAAAUGGCAGAGGUAAACGAUUUGAUUAGCAAAGCUGUAACCGCUGCGGUUAAGAAUCAUAAGGAUUCAUCGCAAGUAUUUGGUGAUUUUGUCGCCGAUCGAUUGCGGCAAUUAACCAAUGAAACAUCUGAGUUUGCCAAGGACAAAAUAAUGCAAGUUCUCCUGGAAGCCUCCGCCUUAGACAGGGGAACAAAUUGUAGUUAAGUUUCUUUAAAAAACAUUUAUAUUAUGACUAUUAUAUGGAGAUGUGACGAUUAUUAAAACUAAUAAUGUAUUUAAA